GUUCCCGCCUCCACGACAGUCCGCCCUGCAUACCGCUGUCUUGCUGCCUGGUGGCCUGGUGCCUGUUGAUAGUGGCACAAAACUGAAUGGUUGAGAAUUGAGAACAGUUGUUGAGAUUUGACAGCGAUUUGCUUUGUGCUUUCGUCUUUCGUCCUCAUUAAUUUAGUACUUUGUGUUCGAUAUUUGCCACUGUUGAUUGAUAUGAGUGGGUGUCUGAAGAGACGCUGUCCGUUUCUUGACGAUGCCAGUCCGCAGUCAAAACUCUUUGUCACCGAAAAAAUUUCCCUGACCAAAUUGACAGCAAGGAGCUCGCAGAUGACCGCAGUUCAAGACAAAACUCUGCAGCUUCUCUUCAGAGGAGCAAACUCGAAGAGUGCCCCUUACCCACCAUCUGAUAUUAGACUUUUCAACAACAACCUUUGCGUCCAUUACAACGAGCAGCAAGAGACUUCUGCCAAGAAGCAAAAGUACAGGCAAAUGCAAAUUGGCUCUAAUGGUCAGCUGAUUUUCGCCCCCGAAGCCAAUGUUGAUGCGGACAUCGAUUUCCUAAUGUCUGCUGACGAGGAGAGCAAAUGCAGCUUCUGCGAAGUUGCUUUGAAGUGUCAACUCUGUCUGCAAAAGUGCCAAAAAUGUCUUCAAGUGUUUUGUCAACAAUGCUGUCUCAUAGUGUGCGACGAAACGCAGGAUGUGAGUUUGUGCAUGUCAUGCAUGAAGUGAACAAUUCUGUAAGGGAGCCAACAGGAUGAUCAUUAUGAGUUUAAUGUGAUAUCGCAUUUAAAAAUCUCUUGUCAAAAAGCUUGGAGCCCCAAUAGUAUAUAUAUGUAAUUUAAUUUGUAGGGUUCUGACGAGAUGGAAAAAUAAUAGUUUUAGAAAUAUAAAAGUUGGUUUAUUUACAAACAAUAUAA